AUGGCAACGAAUAAUCCUAAUACAAUUCAGGAAAGAUUAGAUUUAAAAAAAUGGACAACCAUUCUAUCUGGUGCUUCCUUACCAAAAAUAUCCAUUCAGCAAAUGGUCAAAUGUCGUGAAAUGGGUAGACGUGAAAUACCAAUAAAUUAUCAUUUAUCAUCUAUGCCAAAUACAUCAAGUGCAUUAAAAAUACCAAUAAAUUAUCAUACAUCAUCUCUAUCAAAUACAUCCAAUGUUUUUACGCUUAAUGAAAAAAGCUAA